AAUAAAGACUAUUACAUAUAAAUAUGUUGUCCCGGUGGAGGCGGAGACUGUUGAGUCACAACGUUCACUUUCAGUCUCUCCCACAAUUUAUCACUCACUUUGAUUUAAUCGGGAAAUCUCUGCUUGUAAUGUGUUCAUCCUUAAUAUGACUUAAUUUGACAUGCUGCUUCUGCUUACAACAGAAGCAGUUUAGUUUCCAUCUUGUUGUUGACAGUUUAACCGACGGAGAUGUGGCCGCCUGUGUUCUCCAUGAUUGUGGCCGGUGUGCUCUGCGUGUUCCCGGCUGUCGUCUCCGCAGACUCCGAGAUCAAAGUCUACAAGCAGGUGGGCGAUGACGUUGUCCUCAAUUCGGGCUGCGGGAACAUCAGGGAGAUAUCGUGGAAAAACGGGGUUAACAUCGCCAUCGAAUGGGAUGGAACGAAUAUUGACUUGUAUGGCCAUUUCGAAGUGCGUGGUGCCCUGAACACUGCAACUGGAGAGAUGACGCUCAGAGAACUGACUCUUAAUGACAGUGGAUUAUACACAGCAGAAAUGAAAGAAGUGGCCUGCAAGUAUCCAACACGUCUCAUAGUCAUCCUUCCCGUUCCUAAACCCACUGUUAGUAAAACAUGUGACGAAGAGAUGACCAAGUGUACGUUGACCUGCGAUGCAAUCAUCACCAACGCUGAGCCGGUCGAAUAUCUAUGGAAUUCAGAUCAUUCUGUCCUUACAACUCCUGUGCUAAACAUUACAAAGGACGAAAGUUCAAGCACGUUUGAAUGUUCGCUGAACAACCCGGUCAGUCAACAGCACAGCGAACCGUUUACAAACCCUUUCACUCGAAAGCUGAACAUGUCCGCAGGACUCACAGUCCUCAUCGUUCUGCUGGUAGCUGUGAUCCUGACCGCUAUCAUUCAUAGAAUUAAAGCAGGGAUGUGGUUCUUUGAAAAAGCAUCCAUGCCAUGGGAAGCAGACUUCUGGAGGAAGCACGAGAGACCACAAACAGAUGCUGCUGAAUCUAAUGGCACCGCUGCUCAAGAGGGAUCAACAGAAGAGGGAACACCGAUGAAACCAAAUGACGAAGCAUGAAGAGGAAAUGUAGAGGGGCACAUAUAUGUAUUUACAGUACAUAUAUUAUUGAACAAUGUGUAAUAGUGGUGAAAGCUACAUGCCUCAAAUCAUAAUGAAGAAGCAAAGUGAGGGAAAAUAUAUAUUUAGUUUUUAUAAAUAUAUAUUUUAGACACAAAA